AUGGCUUCCACUGGCUACGCCGCCGACGACGUCUUAUUCCACAAUGAGAACUUGGCCAGGGUGAUCUCGUUGAACAGAGUCAAGAAGUUGAAUUCCUUGGACACCUUCAUGGUGACGAAAAUUGGGCCUCGCCUCCAAGAGUACGCCAAGCUGGAACUGGCUUCCAUGGUGAUUUUAACCUCAAAGUCGCCAAAGGCCUUGUGUGCUGGUGGCGAUGUCGCCCUGUGUGCGCUGGAGAUCCUCAAGGGGAACCCUGGCUACGCCUCCAACUUCUUCCAGGAGGAAUACAAUGUCAAUUACUUGAUUGCCACCUACCUGAAACCAUAUGUGUCCUUGAUGGACGGCAUCACCAUGGGCGGUGGUGUGGGUUUGUCUGUGCACGCUCCUUUCCGUAUCGCUACUGAAAAGACCAAAUUGGCCAUGCCCGAGAUGGACAUUGGCUUUUUCCCAGAUGUGGGUACCACCUUCUUCUUGCCUCGCUUGGAUGACAAGUUGGGCUACUACUACGCCUUGACCGGUGAGGUUUUGAGCGGCUUGGACGCCUACCAGGCCGGUUUUGCUACCCACUUUGUUCCCUCGGAGAGAAUCCCCCAGUUGGUGCAACGCUUGUCGAACUUGAAGCCUCCUGUGAUCAACAAUACCAGAACUGAAGGUACUCUCUUGAAAGACCAGAAGGACUUCUUCAUUCAGGUCAACAUGGCCAUUGAGGAGUUCACCGAAAACAAGUUGCCUGACAACUACAAGUUUCAUUUGAACGAGGACCAGAUCGCCUUGAUCAACAAGGCCUUUUCUGCGCCUACCUUCGAUGACGCUUUGCAAGUCUUCUUGUACUCCAACACAGAAUUCGGCAAGAGAACCUACGAUCGUUUGUCUGCCAAGUCCCCCACUUCCACUCACAUUGCCUUUGACUUGUUGAACAAGGGCGCCAAGAACACCAUUCGUGCCCAGUUAGAGUUGGAGAUGAUUUCUGCCACCAACAUGGUCAACCACAAGGUCGAGGAGAAUGACUUUGUCAAAGGUGUCAAGCACAAGCUCAUUGACAAGAUCAAGGAGCCAUUCUUCCCUGAGUGGAGCCCCUUUGACAUCGAUAGAGUUAGAAAAUUCCAGGAACCUUCCAUCCACACUGCCAAGCUCGAGACUCCUCUUUUGAAAAGAUUCUUCGGCAUCGACUUCCACCAGUACCCAUUCAACUUUGGCUUGCCAACAAACCAGGAGAUUGAAAACUACAUCACCGGACAGGACGGCUCCAACAGAAAGUACUUGCCCACACCAAAGGAAGUUGUGAGACACUUCAACGAAGUCACUAACAACAAGUUGGGUGUCGAGGAGAAGGUGCAAAGAGCGUUGGCCUUGCACGGAGAAGCAUCCAAGUACGACAACAAGUAUGUUUCUUGGAAGGCGUAG